UCGAGUCCCAAUUUCUUUUUUCCCAAGCUCCCAAAUUUCUUUCCAUUUGGGCUUUUUCUCCUCCUUUCAAUAUCUGUCGGAAUACCCCACUGAUUCCCGGGAAUCUAGGUUUCCGGCGAAGGAUUGGAGAUGGGUUCUCCCGAACAGUCUAACUGGUUCCUGGACUGCCCUCUGAUCGACGACAUGCCGGUCCCCGGAACCGAUUUCGCGGCGCCUACCGGCGGGUUCAACUGGAAUCCUCAGGGUUUCAAUCCUUAUCCCGAUGUCAGCGGGGAAAUUCAUGGCUCUAUUGCGAAUUUUGAUGGCCACAAGGAACCAGGCUCUCAAAAACGUAUGAGGUCAGAGUCCUGUAGUGGACCUUCCUCCAAAGCUUGUAGAGAGAAAAUGAGAAGAGAUAGAUUGAAUGAAAGGUUCCUAGAGCUGAGCUCCAUACUGGAUCCUGGAAAACCACCAAAAAUGGACAAAGCAACUAUCCUGAGUGAUGCUGUGCACAUGGUGACUCAAUUGCGUACUGAAGCACAAAAGCUCAAACAGUCAAAUGACAGUCUCGAAGAAAAGAUAAAGGAGUUGAAGGCUGAGAAGAGUGAGCUUCGUGAUGAGAAGCAGAGGCUAAAGGUGGAGAAAGAGAGUCUGGAGCAGCAAUUAAAACUUUUGAACUCACGACCAAGCUAUGUACCUCCACCUCCUGUAAUCCCGACUGCCUUCGCUGCGCAGGGGCAAGCUGCAGGACAGAAGCUGAUGAUGCCUGUCAUUGGUUACCCUGGAUUUCCCAUGUGGCAAUUCAUGCCACCUACUGAUGUUGAUACAUCAAAGGAUACUGAAACAUGCCCACCUGUUGCUUAAGCAUCUGGGCCAUCGAGCUGAAGUCUGCCCAGUUUUAGCUUAUGCCAGGAAUUGUCUGAUUUUCUCAUUAGAUUCAGAUAGCACCUCUAAUUCUUUGUUUCGGCUAAAAUUUGGUUGCAAGACCAUCACUGGAUGUUAAUAGAGAUAUUUUAGUGAGGACCACCUCUUUAACUGUCACUUUGAAAUAAUCCAUCCACCUCGUUCCGUAAAUGCCAUAAUCAUGGGGAUAAUUCAUUCCCAUUUUCUAUCA